AAACAAUACGAAGUAUAUCACUGUUCAAAACAAAAAGAGCAUUUAUAGACAGAGGCAUUAUGAUUUACUAUCUUUGCCGACCAAUCUACAUGUAGGCUUUAUGAUCAUAAGCUACAAAAUUUGAUAAUAACCCCUCUAACUAGUUCUUAAGUAAUCGAAUUAUUUUUGGUUUGUUAUUACCACCACACACAUAAUUAGACAUAAUUUAUACAUUAUUCUGUAAACUUUUUACUUUAAAAAAUAUUCCCAAAGAACCCAAAAAGUGCUUAAACUUUUGAGUCUACUAUUCUUCUACACACUAAGUGUACUUUACUACCUCAAUAAUUCACUAUACAUAAAUGCAUUAAAGUCUCCUACACAUCAUGUCAUGUCUAUAAUUCUUCCUCUUCUUAAUUCCACCAUUAUUCUCCAUUAACUUCAAACUCUACUAAAAUCCAUCCUUUAUUCUACUCCUACAUUAUUAUUCCUUCCACUAUGAUCACUUUCACCCCCUUCCAUUACUUCAUUACCUAUAUCAUUCUCUUCAUUUUCGCCGUCUUCUCACGUGCUAGUGACCUUCCUGGCACGUGGGAACUUCUUGUACACGACGUAGGCAUUGCUUCCAUGCACACCGCCGUCACCCACUUUGGCACGGUGGUUCUCCUUGACCGAACCAACAUCGGCCCCACCAAGCUUCUUCUACCUAAACAUCAUUGUCGUAAUGACUCAAACGACGCCGUUUUGAAGCAUGAUUGUUACGCUCAUUCUGCUCUCUUUGACCCUACAACCAACCAUAUCCGACCGUUGAUCAUCCAAACUGACACGUGGUGCUCAUCCGGGCAAUUCCUCCCUGAUGGAACCCUCCUUCAAACGGGUGGUGACAUGGACGGGUGGAAGAAGAUUCGUAAGUUUACGCCGUGUGAAACGACGGAGUUUUGUGACUGGGAGGAGCUAAACGACGUCGGUUUGUCCCAAGGAAGAUGGUAUUCUACUAAUCAAAUUUUACCUAAUGGUGAUGUUAUUAUUGUUGGGGGUAGAGUUGCCUUUUCAGUUGAGUUUUACCCUCCAAGGGAAAACGGUGCCGUUUUGUUUCCUUUUCUUGCUGACGUGGCAGAUAGGCAAGGAGAUAAUUUGUAUCCAUAUGUUCAUCUUCUACCAAAUGGGAAAUUAUUUAUUUUUGCUAAUACUAAAUCUGUUUUAUAUGAUUAUGAUAAAAAUUUAAUCUUGAAAAAAUAUCCGUCGUUGGAUGGUGGACCUAGGAACUACCCGUCUGCUGGAUCAUCGGUUAUGCUUGCAUUAGAAGGUGAUUACUCAACGGCUGUGAUUGUGGUUUGUGGUGGGGCCAAAUUUGGGGCCUACAUUACAUUGGAUGAUUCGGUUCCAGCUAUUGGUAGUUGUGGUCGGAUUGUAGCCACUUCAGAUGAUCCGGUUUGGGAGAUGGAGGUUAUGCCUUUUGCUAGGGUCAUGGGUGAUAUGGUCAUGUUACCAACUGGUGAAGUGUUGAUCAUAAAUGGUGCCCAAAGUGGGACCCAAGGUUUCGAUUUGGCGUCCAACCCAUGCUUGAACCCAGUCCUUUAUCGACCUGAUCAACCGGUGGGGUUAAGAUUUAUGGUGUUGAACCCAGGUACGAUUCCUCGGAUGUACCAUUCGACUGCUAAUUUAUUACCCGAUGGGCGAGUUUUACUAGCGGGUAGUAACCCGCAUUAUUUCUACAACUUCAAGGCAGAGUUCCCAACUGAACUACGUCUUGAGGCGUUCUCACCUGAGUACUUGAGUCCAGAUCGAGCUAAUCUACGGCCUGAAAUAAAAAGGUGGCCUAAAAGUUUAAAAUAUGGCCAAGAAUUUGAGGUAGAGAUAACAACUACCCUCCCUCUAGUGGCACCCAUUGAGAUUAAUUUGGGAAAUGCGCCAUUUGCUACACAUUCUUUCUCUCAAGGACAAAGGCUAGUAAAGUUGGAUGUAAAGCCCGCAACACCUAGCAAUAAUGGGUGUUAUAUAGUUAGUUGUGUGGCUCCACCUAAUGCAAUGGUGGCUCCACCAAGUUAUUAUAUGAUGUUUGCGGUGAAUCAAGGUGUACCAAGUAUCGCACAAUGGGUCCAAUUGGUGGUUUGAUGAUAUCAUAUGAUAUAUUAGGAGUGAACAAUUUCAAUUAUAUUACGGACAAUACGAAGUAAUUACCAACUUACCAUUUCAUUACGAAGACUCAAAGAAGUGUACAUGUAUAUAUACGUUUGCUUUUCUUUGGAAUUAAAAAAGAAAGGUAUUUUUAAGAUUGAUUUGUAAAAGUGUAAAUGUAACGCCAAAUUAGAUGUAGUAUUUAAGAUUUAAGACUCUCUCUAUAUUAUGCAACUAAUAGUUGGCUA